CUUCCACCAGUGAGGCGGAGAAGAGCAGGUACUGUCAGCAAGGACAGGAGAUGGCUCUCAGGGUUUCAGUGUCAGUCUGUCUCUUAUUCAAUGCAAUGGCAGCAUUAAGUGAAGAGGUGGCCUUGAACUUGACACUCGCAAUCAAAACCCAGCCAAGUAAUUGGACAGUUAACAAAACAAAAGAAGGACCAAUAGCCUUGAAGUUCUCACAUCCUUGCCUGGAACACCACGAUAGUUACUGCAUCAAUGGUGUUUGUGCCUUCCAUCAUGAGUUGAAGAAAGCCAUCUGCAGGUGUUUUACUGGUUAUACUGGAGAAAGGUGUGAGCAUUUGACCUUAACUUCAUAUGCUGUAAAUUCUUAUGAAAAAUACAUUGCAAUUUGGAUUGGCGUCGGAAUAUUAUUAAGUGGCUUUCUUGCUAUUUUUUACUGCUACAUAAGAAAGAGGUGUCUAAAAUUGAAAUCACCUUAUAAGGUCUGUUCCAGAGGAAGACCACUGUGAGUCCUUUGUAAGAAAUUUUCAUGAGGCAUUUGUAAAAAUCAGUGGACCCCAAAUUGACAUCUUCAAAUGAAACAACAAAACUUCCCCAGCUGACUAGACUUGAACGUGAUGCAAGUUGGGAUCAUGAUGAAAUGAGGGAAUACAUUUCAACAGAAAUCACUAGACUUUGUCAUUGUUAGGAUACCAAGAGAGCCAAUGGAACAAGCUUACAGUGACAGAAGUCAAGUUCAUAGUACUACUCUGGGUCUGUUGCUGUUGUGUGGUUAUUAUUCUUACUGAAAAGAGACUGAGUGCCAUGCUUCUGACCGUGUCAGAUGUGAGUUUUCAUGGGAAGAAUUAUCAACCUUGCAACAAGUCAAAGCAAUACCAAGCUUGGGCUCUUCGUGUACUAGCUACCAGUAUUUUGGACCACUGCUCCAUGGACCUAAUCCCAAACAUGCUGCUUUCACAGUGUCUUAAAGAAUGUGAUGUCAACUAUUAGGAUAAGAUCAGUGCUGUGGCACCAUCAGUGAACCAAACAAGUGCCUGGAGUCUAAGUCAGAGACAAGAAAAUGGAAGGUCCAAGGAAAAAUACAUUAUACCCAGCUUGUGACAAUAUUGUGGAGCCUUUAUCUGUGAAAUAUGGAAUAAGCUAAAGAGUUUCUGAUGACUGGAAGCUACUGGAUAUCAAGCCCUGAGUAGGCAAAACAUUUCUUUUUCUGCAUGGAUUAUAAAAUGUGUUGGACUCACUGGUAUCCUAAUGCUUAUGUUUAGCACUUCCUCCUAUUGUUAGUGGAAUUACCUGGUGACUACUCAUUUGGACUGAAAUUCUAGAAUUCUACUAAUACAUGAAAUUCUACAGCUGAUCCUGAAAGAAAAACUAAAGAAUUGGACACAGGAAUUUUUUCAUCAGCCAAAAGCAUGUGGGAAAUUUAUUAACCACUUCUGAGUACUUGAUAGCAGAUUUGCACAUAGAGUGAGGAAAUGCAAUAGUUAUUCUAGAAAUAACUAUUUGGGAAUUAAGGGCCUUCCACUUUAAUCAUAUUUUUUUUUCAUGUAAUAGAAUAAUCUUGGUCAGGACCACUGAUAUUGUUGGGCUUUAAUUUCAUUUUCUACGGGGCCCUUAUAGCUCUAAAAUUUGACCAGGGGAGAAAAAGCAAUUUUUUCAUAACUGAAAAAUUGGGAUAUUCUCAACUGUACCUCAAAUCCAAAACACACCACUGUCUAUCAUCUGAGGUGUAUAUUUUAGUGUUUGUUUUGUAAAAUAAUAGUUUAAAAUUUUGUUUUUAAGUGAAGCAAAACAUAUAAUUUAAAAAUAAUGUCUAUAACUUUUCUUUUAGAUUCAAUCUAUAACUCUUGACUUUUUCCAUUGUAAUUUUGAUCAGCAAAACCAUUUUGAUCAUGAGAUGGGCUAAAAGAGGAUCAAUCAUGAAUAUUCUUACCAUGAUUGCCUAAUAACAAGCCUUUCUCUUAUAUUGUUAUGACUUUCCAUUCACUAUUAAAACUUUACAUUCUGCUUUC